UGCGUAGUUUCAACACCGUUUGUUUUAGUAUGGUUUAUAAUUAGGGAUCAUUGUCAGUUUACUAGUCGAUAGUAAAUAUCUUUGGACAUAUAAUAUUUUUUAAUCUGUUUGAGUUUGGGUAUUUAAAGGUUUCCUGAAAAAUUAUAUUGAAACUUCAUUCAACUAUUUUAUUAACUUAAAAAUGAAUUUAUCACUAAACAGUUUAAUAUUUGGUGUACUACUACUAUUCGUCGCUACUAGUACAAGUGGAGACGACGGUUCAUACGAAAUUUUGCAUGGAGUAGGAGAGGUCGUUGGAGGAAGCGUUAGAGGGGUCAAAGAUGCAGCCGAUUCGGUUACAUAUUAUGCAGGAGAGGCCGUUGGAAAAACCGGCGAUGGAAUACAGAGUGUAGGCAAUGCUAUGGAACACGGCAAAGAAAACAUUGAAAGUGGAUUCGGAACGGCUGUAGACAAAGUAGAGGAUCUCCCUGAGAAUGUCGCUGAGAAUGUCGCAGAUACGUACCACUACACUAAAAACGGCAUCGAGAAAGUCGGUCAAAACAUUGGUGAUAAACUUUCUUCCGAGCAAGAUAGUUUCAAUGCUGGAUACCACGACGCAAGAAAUUAAAUAAUACAUUUAAAAAAAACAUAAUAUUCAUUGACGUACUAAAUAUUACAAACACAGAUCAAUUUUACAGCGCAAAUAAUUGUGCACCUAAUUUAUUGGAAAAUAUUUUUCUAAUCAGUAUACCAAACAUUUGGCAUCCACAAAAUAGGGACAUUGUCAUACUUCAACGUUAAACUAUUUGAAAAUUGCGUUUUUCGAAUAUUAUGUAGAAUAAUAAAUUACUAAUUUUA